UAACAUUUCAUAAUUACCUCUGCAAAUAAUAAUAUAACAUAAUCUAUCAGCUGGAAACUUUUUCUUCAGUAAUGUAGUAAUGACAAAAGUAACAAUUAAUUGAUACUUUCUCUGUAGACUAUAAUAUAAUCACUAUAUUAUAGUAUUAGUAGUACAAAAACUGGUAAUCACCCUAAUGAAUCAACAUGAUUUUUACCAAAGAACGUAGGCUAAUUAAUAGACUUAAUUAAUAAUAAAUUGGCAAUCCUCCGAAGUCGGGUCCCAAAUUAUUUCCAAUGAUUAAUCCUUACUUAAAAGUCUUGGGCAUCAUUCAGUUUUGAAACUCAUGUUUGCGUUAGUGGACGAUGUUAGAUGGAGGUUGUUGGCCGUCCAGAUGCACAAACACUCGAGCGCAUUAUGGCAUUAUCACUAAUCAAAUCAUGUGUUACCAGGAACAACUACGGUCACCGACGCUUGGCGAGGAUAUCAAAAUGUCGGUCAGCUCAACAACGGGAUUUAUGCUCACGCUGUCAUUGUGCACGAGCGUGAAUUUGUUGAUCCAGUAGACCAGGAGAUUCACACUAUUGAAGGACUUUGGAUGCAAGGGAAACGUAAACUCCACUAUCAGAGUGGUAGGCCCGCUAGUCGCGAUCUGUUUGCCAGCUACUUGGGGGCCUUUCAGUGGCGCAACAGUCACCAGCAGAACGUUUUCGGCUGGUAUUAGCAAAUGCUAUGCGCCAAUGACAACAUUUAGUAUUUACUGACUGGUUUGUAAAGUUACAGUUAUUUACAAAAGCUAUGACUGACAUAUUUGCUGUUUUCUAAAAAUACACACUGUGCAUUGCAGUUUUUUCAUACGAAAUAAUUUGGGACUGGACUUCGGAGGAUUGCCAAUAAAUUCACUAUUAGUAUAUUAGUCUUAGUAGUAGUAGUAGUGGUAGUAGGCCUAUUGAAUUGCUUUUGUCCUGUGCCAAAUUGAUGGUGUAUCAUUUAUUUAUUUUAUACCACAUAAUUUUUAUUUUUUAGAGUCAUUUCUAACUAGGCUAUCAUAAAAUGAUUGAUAAACUAUAACUAAAACUAUUAAUAUUAUAUAUAAUUUAGUCUAUAGUAGUGAAUAUAAAUAUAACUACUAUUUAGUCAAAGACAUAAUGGAUAGUAUCAUCAAGCCUGGGCAAUCCUCCAAAGUCCGGUCCCAAAUUAUUUCAUGUGAAAAAAUUUGCUAUGCACUGUGUGUAUUGUUAGAAAGCAGCAGAAAUGUCAGUCAUAGCUUUUGGAAAUAACUGUCACUUUACAAACCAGUCAGUAAAUACUAAAGGUUGUAGGUGGUGCAUAGCAUUUGCAAAUAGCAGCCGAAAACGUUCUGCUUGUGACUGUUGCGCCACUGAAAGGCCCCCAAGUACCUGGCAAAAAGAUCGCAACUAGCACCACUCAAACAACAGAGUUUACGUUUCGCUUGCAUCCAAAGUCCUUCAAUAGUUUAUGUGUGGAUGUCCUGGUCUACUGGAUCAACAAAUUCAUGCGCGUGCACAGUAAAAGUGUGAGCAUAAAUCCCAUUGUUGAGCUGAGCGACAUGUCCUCGCCAAACGUAUCUGACGAUAGUUGUCCCUGGUAACACACGAUUAGUGAUAAUGCGCUUGAGUAUGUGUGCAUCUUGACGGCCAACAACCUCUAUCCAACAUUGUCCACUACCGCAAACAUGAAUUUCAAAACAAAAUGAUGCCUAAGACUUUUAAGUAAGGAGUAAUCAUUGGAAAUAAUUUGGGACCAGACUUUGCAGGAUUGCCCAAGCUUGAAUUACCCGGUUGUACCUCUAAAUUUUCAGUUAAAUUUCCAUUGCAUUAAGUAAAUUGUUAAUUUAGUGGCACUUCUAAAUUUUCAAUAAAAUUUAGUAAAUAUUGGACAAUUGCUCUAUGCAUCAACAAAUUCAUAAAGAAGCAACACAGUGAUACUGGGAAUCAAACUCUUAAUGUAAAAUAUGUCUAGACGAAGCGUCAUUUGAAAAAAGUCAGUAGAAUAUAUGUCAUAGUAGGUGAAAGAUCAGUAGACCAUUAUGGUAUCUUUUAACAAAAAGUUAUAGAUGGAAAGUUUGUAGAAGAUUUUUAUAUGACACCAUUACAAAGAUGUGAAUUUUUACUUAAAUUUUUCAAAGCAGAUCACAACUCUACUUGGGAUCUAAAAAAAUUAUACAUUUAAAUUUGAAUGUCUAAUCACAUCUCUGCAUAUAGAUCUAUCAAUUUGAUUAGUAGGCUCAUUUCAAGUUAUAAAAAGGUUUUCACUAAUAACAAUUUCCUUUUCUUUCUCAAAGUUGAAGCUUUCCUGUCUGAGAACUACAGUUAGCCUUCUUCUGGGAAAUAUUUUUAGCCAAAGUGUCCAAAGGUAAAAUUAAUUUGAAUUUUAACAAAUCACUGACAUGGACAUUAAUUUUACCUACCGUAUUUGAACAUUCUUAUCUCGAUACUUAUAAAUAAUAAUAUUAAAACAUUGAAUCUGAACACAGUCUGUAAUUUAAAGCAGUAAAUAAAUCUGUUUUUAACUUAAAACACUGUUUUUUAAUUUUCUACUUGUUGAAAAGUCAUGUCAUAAUUGCCUGGCUACCAACAAGUGAUUUCUAGACAUCAGGAGAAUCAUCAUGUUCUAAUUGAAGCCAAAUGAUUUGAUUACAUUAAUUGCUGAUCGUUUUAGCUCAGUUAUUAUUUAAUACUUAUCUUUUGAUGUCAUGGUCCUGUUGUCCAUCACACAUAGAAUUUUUGAAUUGACCAUUUAAUUAAGACUUAAAACUCGAUUAAAAUUUUAAAAAAAAUUUUAAAAAUUAAAAUGAAGGAACAAUCAAAUUUGCCAUUUGUUUGCCUGAGGCCUUUCAUGUCAUUAAUAUGAACCUGAUUUGGUAACUAUCUGCCACUUAAUUCAUGUUUAUGUUUUUCAAUCGAUGCUCCAUUGUCCCCAAGACACUGGCCCAGCUUUAAAAAACAAAGCCUUCUCCAAUCCUGCAUGUUCAUUGGAAAAAAAAAAUUGCACAGAAAAUAAUAAAAUAACCGCUUAUGAUAAAUAAACAUUCAUGAAUUUUGUAACAUUUCAGACUCAUUUUAAUGGCAUCCUCUGAUCUGAAUGAUAACAAUGGAAAUAAAAGUGUGAUUAAUCUACGGCUUAGUCAAGUAACAGGAGACCAAGAAAAGACAAAUGAUAUUUUUGUGUGUGGACAAAAUAAGAACUGCAAAGAACACAUUAUUUAUUUUGGAGGAGAUGUUCAGGUAAGCAUACUUAGGAAACAAAAAUCAUACAUGUAAUUAUUUUUUUUGGAUGUUGAAUUUUAAAUUCUAUAAGAAUUAGUCACUUAUUAAAAACCUUCUCUGUGAUUUCAGGAUUAUCCAGAAAAUAUGGAACGCCAUCGAGAUAAUAAAAGAUACGUUAAGUGGAACACAGAGAGCACUGCCGCCCUGAUACAUCGGAAAUUUCCUUCAUCUUUAGUCUUUGUUAUCAAACCCACAAAAAUGCAUUUAAUGACUUUUGCUGUGUAUUCAAAUUUCUUUGAAGCAAAUGAUUUUGGAAGUCCAACACAUUCCAGGGAUGCUGGAGCAAUUAAACACUUGUCAUGUCUUUAUAGGUCAGCCUUAAAGGCAGUGUACCAGGAAUGUGAAGUGAUAUCUGCAAUCCGGGUUCCUAUUCGUUUAAUUGGGUUCAGUAAAGGAUGCACGGUGCUGAAUCAGAUUGUGUUUGAGCUGCACUUAACUGAAGAUGAUGCAGGGAUCAGGGAUUUCAUCAAGCAAAUUGAAGCAUUUUACUGGUUAGAUGGUGGCCACAGUGGUGGCCCCAAGAACACAUGGGUCACCGAUGAUGAGGCGUUAAAGCGCCUUGCAUCGCUAGAGAGUCACAUUUUUAUUCACGUGUCCCCCUAUCAAAUUAAGGAUCCGAUGAGGAAGUGGAUAGGACAGCAAGAGUUUAAAUUCUACAAAAAGCUGUUUGAUUUUAAAGCAAAGGUUCAUGAAAAGGAACAUUUUGAGUCAGAAGAUGGCUGCAUUGAAAAUCAUUUUAGAGUAUUGGAAGAGUUCUAAGAAAAACAAAAAUUUGGUAGGUUGAGAAAAUACAGGUUUUGUUGAAUGUUAAAUAUUAAAAAGAUUUUCUUUCUUAAAAUUUAAUGAAACAGAAUAAAUGUAAUUGUCCAACAAAGGAUGAAUAUGGAUGGAUUGUUAUGAACAAACCAGGAAUUGAUAGACAAUAUCAGGAUCCCACACUAGUACUAGUAGCAGAAAUAAAAAAGUGCUGGGUGGGACACUUUGAAAGAAUGAAUAGGUUGCACCACCAAAACCUCAGAGGAAAACAGCUCAAACUCAAAGUGACACAGGGAUGGAUGUAUAGCAUAAGAGUAAAUUUUAACAGUAAGCAAAUACCACUUAAAUUUUCAAUUUAAUUUUUCUUUUACAUUUGUAAUCAUUUAUCAAGAACAAGAAAAUUUAUUGUUAUCUAGUGAGAGUUUUUAAAAAUUUAAUUUGAAUUUCUGUAGCCAGAAUUUCUGCCUGACUGACAGUUAAAUGUUUAUCAGAGGGUCAAGUCUUUCUCCAACUGUGUCAGGGAUUAUUUGUCCAGUUUCGUGCCAGAAUCAUUACACUGAAUUGAACAAAGCAGAGCAUUGAUGUUUUUUUUAUGGUUUUAACCAAAUCAUGUGGUGAAUAAAACGGAUCUUGAGAAAUAUUGAGAAUGGUCCUGUUGUUAAAUGACAACUUUUACAUAAAGCUAUAUAACUCAUAGGGGUAGUAGAAUAAUCAAAGAUAUAUUUUGGUGACUUCCCCUUCAAAACAACAUCAGGGCAUUUAGAUGCAGUACCAUUAUUAGAAAUAAUUAUUAUUACUAUAUAUUAUAAAUCUUGAUUCCCCCACCCCCCACCACUAUUCUAAUAAAGAAAAGUGUCAAACUUUUUAAAUUUAGUAAAUAAUAAAUGUAUAGAAUUAAGUUAAUAUUUACCAG